AUCCACCCAGCCGUUUCCACUGGCAGAAGAACGGUCGGCUGCGAGAGGUCGCGCAGAGAGACGCGCUGCGCUCCGCGCUUUCCCUCCGCCGGCACCGCUCUGCCCGCCCGCUCCUCAGCCCCAGCCGCACCGCACCGCAGCGGAGGCGAGCCGAAGCUCCGCGGCCGUCCUUUUCGCGAGGCCGCCCAGAACAAGGCGCAGCUCCGCGGCCCGCCAUGUCCGCCACCCACGGAGGGGACUGGCGCGCCUUGGAAAGCGCGCUGCGCAGCAGCCUCCAACUCCUCCGGGACAAGUGGGGGCCUCGGGCGAGGCUGCGGGGAAACACCGGUGGCACCCCGGGGGAGGAGGAGAAGGAGACGGCAGGGGCGGCCGCAGGCCCGCCCAGCGCCCUGGAAGCCCUGCCGAUAGAUGUGAAAUUAUACAUUAUGUCCUUUCUCACACCAAAAGAUCUGAUUUACUUGGGAAGCACCAACCUCUACUGGAGGAUAACAAUCCAAGAUCCCUUGCUUUGGAGAUAUUUCCUCAUCCGGGAUCUUCCUUCCUGGAAUUCAGUAGAUCGGGAAUCUCUGCCAGAUGCAAAGAUAUUUAACCAGCCUUUUGCUGAGUUAGAUAAUAUGGGCCCAUACAAUUUCAUGGCAGCGUAUAAAAAAUGCUGUUCCUUCCAUAAAAGGUGUUUGAAACCCAACUGGCCUAUGUACGGCACCAUGCCUUCUUUUCUGCAGUCACUGAUCACACAGGCAGAGCCUCGCUUUGCUAUGUUUGGGCCUGGUUUGGAAGAUUUGGAUCAAUCUUUGGUAUACAAAAUGAUGGGAAGUCCAGAAAUUCUGCCACUAGCUGGCAUGCCUUCUAGACAAAUACAUGGAAUAGGCUCCGGAGUCACAUUUCAUUUGAAUGGCCAGAAGUUUAACAUUCUGACGCUGUAUUCAAAAACUAGCAAAGAAAGGCAGAGAGACAAAGCGGAUACAAAUUCCAUCAACAAGAUGUUCUAUGAAGUGAGCAAAGUGGAUGGGACAACACAGUAUAAUCUAAUUGAACAUGUUCAGAAUGUGUGCAGGGUAGCUGAUGGGUUCAUCUAUGUUGCAGACGCUGAGGCUCAUAAAAGACACAAUCGUCAAACUGAAUUUGCUCGGAUGGCAGCGAUGCUUGACCCAACACUUGGGCCUUCAACCAGACCUCUGUUGAUUCUGUCCUGCAUUUCAAAUGCUAGGAUGGAAAGGAUUCCUUGUAUUUACCUGGCACAUCAGCUCCAACUAAACCUGGUUGACCGACCAUGGAUGGUUCAGGAUACUGAAGCUGCCACACUGGUUGGACUGUUGGAUGGAAUUCAAUGGCUCCUGGAACAAAUCAAACAUUAAUCUGCAAUCACUAAGUCACGUUUAAUACAGAAUUAUGUUAUUUACAUUGCAAUACCUGAUUAGAGUGUCAUUUUAUCUCAAUUAAUAAGAGCUGGGAAGAGACAACUGGUACUAAAAAUGACCAGUAAUUUAAUAAUUUUAAAAAAGAUUCCCUCAAGACGUUUCCCAUGGGUGUCUUCCUUCAAGAUUUAAUGGAGACAUGGAAACAAGGAAAGAGUAUUAUACAAUGAAAGAUGGGACAUUCACCCCUUGAUCACCUUGUAACUAAACAUAAGAAUUUAACUGACAUUUUAUUUCAAAAACUUGAAUGAAAACUGAUGGAGAAAAAACCAAUUUUUAACUUUUUGAGAUUUGAUUUU